UCAGGCUGCGCACCUCGCGCGUCUUAGCAUCCAUCUCCAUAGCGAAGCACUGAUCCUCCACGAGCACUGUGAUGAAACGGAAAAGAACGUGUGCCUGUCACCACAGAAAUGAGUGAGCGGUCUUCCAGUCACUCAGUGAAGCUUGUGUCCUUGGCCCAAUCACUGUCCCAGCUUGGGUUUGAGGCCGCCAAUGGAAGCCCCGUCAGCCCCCCCGACGAUGACGAGCCCCCUCCUCCGGAGUCCGGCAUCGAGCUAGGCCCUGGACUAUUUUUCUCCGAUGGCAAGAGAAAAGUUGACUAUGUCCUUUGCUACAAAUACAAAAAAAAGCCAUCCAAAGCACGCCUUUCAAUUAUCUCCAAUGGGACUGUGCCCGUUUCGAUUACGGGCCGCUGUGAGGUGGAGUCUGGGGAUGGAGGUGCUCCUGCAGGAGAGGUGGAGGAGUCAAAGCUGACUGAGGAGGAAAAGGCUUUAAUGAGGGAGGAGUUUGAAGCGGGUCUAAUGGAAGCAGGACUACAGCUACAGCGUGAUAAAGAGAGGGCUAAAGGCAUAGGGUUUAUCCGGCUUCACAUCCCAUGGCCAAUACUCAGUCGAGAAGCGGAGCUCCAGAAGAUCAAAGUGGCUGUGAAGAAGAAGUGUGAAUUGCGGAAACGGAUGGGAAUUGCUGGGAUGUGGGAUUCCAUUAUGAACAAAAUCAGCACACCGUUUCUCCCGGAUGUUCCUGACUGUGAGGUCCAGAGAGACUCACAGACACGUGUCCACUUCAAAACCCUCAAACAUCCUUUUAUCAGAGACAAGCUCCACCUGUAUGACAUCAAGUCAACAGAAACCUUAUUUGACAAUGCAACACGCAGCAGAAUAGUGGCUGAGAUUAUUUCCCGCACUGUCUGCAGUCGAACUUGCCAAACCACUGGCAUCAACUCAUUAUUGGCUCAGGGUGUCUACGACUCUGCCUUCCCUCUGCAUGAUGGGUCGUUCACAAGGAGAGGGCGUAGAGAUCAGCGAAAUGACAGACAGCUCCUCCAUGAAGAAUGGGCCAACUAUGGAGUCAUGUAUAAAUACCAGCCGGUCGACUUGAUCAGGAAGUACUUUGGAGAGCAGAUUGGGUUGUAUUUUGCCUGGCUCGGUGUCUAUACUCAGCUCCUCAUCCCCCCCUCUGUGCUGGGCAUCAUUGUCUUCCUGUACGGUUUAUUCACUGUGGAUACCAAUGUGCCAAGCCAGGAGACAUGUGAUGACCACCAUAACAUCACCAUGUGUCCACUGUGUGACGGAGUGUGUGACUACUGGCUCCUGAGCUCCGUCUGCUCACUGACCAGAGCGUCGUACCUGUUCGACAAUGGAGUAACUGUCCUCUUUGCCAUCUUCAUGUCUCUGUGGGCUGCCUGUUUCCUCGAGCACUGGAAGAGGCGCCAAAUGUGUCUGAAACAUAUGUGGGACCUUACAAGCCUUGAGGAUGAGGAGGAGCGAGUCCAGGAGGAGCUGAGGCCUGAAUAUGAAGAAGCUCUGCUGGAGAAAAAAGCAAAGGUGAAAGAACUGUCAAAGAAAAAGAUGGCUCAAAUUGGGGAUGGUAUAGAUGGAGAAAAAGACCAAAUGCUGACCUCACAGCUUGAACCAGAGUCCCUGGAGAUUGAGGAUCACCUUUCAGGGUAUCUCAUCAAUGUGUCCACUUUACUACUGCUGAUCUUCGCCACCUUCUCAGCAGUUUUCGGGGUGGUGGUUUAUCGUAUCUGCAUGUUGAGUGUGUGGUCCAUGAACCCUGACCCUGAAGCCAAGGCCAGCGUGAGGAUGACCGUCACCACCACAGGCAUCAUCCUCAACAUGCUCGUUGUUCUGGUGAUGGAAGAGGUCUACGGAUCCAUCGCUGUGUGGCUGACUGAACUGGAACUUCCUAAGACAAAGGAAGAGUUUGAAGAGAAGCUGAUCUUUAAGUCUUUCUUCCUCAAGUCCAUGAACUCCUUUGCACCUAUUUUCUAUGUGGCCUUCUUCAAGGGCAGGUUUGUUGGGCGGCCUGGGGACUAUGUUUACGUCUUUGGAGAUUAUCGCAUGGAGGAGUGCGCCCCGCCAGGCUGCCUCAUCGAGUUGUGCAUCCAGCUUAGCAUGAUCAUGCUGGGAAAGCAGCUCAUCCAAAACAAUGUAUUUGAGGUUCUCAUACCUAAGCUGAAAAAGAUGUACAGAACGAUACAGGAAGAAAAGGGAAAGAAAAGAGCAGCACAGGAUGAGGAUUCUGUAGCAGAAGAGAAGAGGCCGAAGCAACAAUUUGACAAAGACUUCACCCUUGAACCCUAUGAAGGGGUGACUCCAGAGUACAUGGAAAUGAUAAUCCAGUAUGGGUUUGUGACUCUGUUCGUGGCCUCCUUCCCGCUGGCGCCAGCGUUCGCUCUGCUCAACAACGUCAUUGAAAUCCGCCUCGAUGCUGCAAAGUUUGUCACUGAGCUCAGGCGGCCUGAUGCUGUGAGGUGUAAAGACAUAGGGAUUUGGUACAACAUACUCUGUGGAAUCAGCAAGUUUUCUGUCAUUACCAAUGCGUUUGUCAUCUCCUUCACGUCAGAGUUUGUUCCACGAAUGGUCUACCAGUACAUGUACAGUGAAAAUGGCACCAUGAAGGGCUUCACAGAGCACUCACUGUCCUACUUUAAUGUCACCAACUUCCCACCGGGCAGUGCGCCCACCUCCACCCUCAUCACCGGAGUCUCUAUGUGCAGGUAUAAGGACUACAGAGACCCACCGUGGGACUCUCAUGCCUACACCUUCUCUAAACAGUACUGGUCUGUCCUGGCUGCAAAAUUGGCCUUUGUAAUAUUCUUCCAGAACUUUGCAAUGUUCCUCAGCAUGUUGGUGGCCUGGAUGAUCCCAGACGUGCCGCGAUCUCUGCGGGAACAGCUGAAGAAAGAGAACAUGAUGCUGAUGGAGUUUCUGCUGAAUCAAGACCAAGGAGCACGUGCCAAAUCUCACUCCCCCGAACACUCAAUCUCCUGCUAUCCCGCCAUAGAAAUUGUGGUGGAGGAACCAAUGGGAAAACUACAAGAGCCGCAAGUGGAGGAGGACGAGGACGAAGAAAGGGUUGAAAGCAAUCUGGAUGGACUCAGAAGUAACAGUGACAGUGAUCUAGAGGUUGGGAGGUCUUCCGAAGAAGUUGAAGAGAAGGGAAAGGAGCAGCAAGGAGAGGAAGGAGAAGAUAAAGGUGUAGUAGAAGAGGUAGAAGAAAAAGAGAAGGAAAAAGAUGAAAAGGGGGAUACUGAGCAAGAGGUAGGAGAAGAAACAGUCGAAGGAGAAGAAAACAAAGGGGACAAAGUGGAAGUAGAAGAAAACAAAGGGGACGAAGUGGAAGGAGAAGAAAACAAAGGGGACAAAGUGGAAGGAGAAGAAAACAAAGGGGACGAAGUGGAAGGAGAAGAAAACAAAGGGGACAAAGUGGAAGGAGAAGAAAACAAAGGGGACGAAGUGGAAGUAGAAGAAAACAAAGGGGACGAAGUGGAAGGAGAAGAAAACAAAGGGGACGAAGUGGAAGGAGAAGAAAACAAAGGGGACGAAGUGGAAGGAGAAGAAAACAAAGGGGACGAAGUGGAAGGAGAAGAAAACAAAGGGGACGAAGUGGAAGUAGAAGAAAACAAAGGGGACGAUAAGGGAGUAGAAGAAAACAAAGGGGACGAAGUGGAAGGAGAAGAAAACAAAGGGGACGAAAAGGGAGUUACGGAGACGGAGGUUCAUUUUGAGGAAUUUACUGUGGAUCUGGACGCCUUCAUGAGUCAGCUGGGUCUGUUAGAUGAUGAGCCCUUACCAAGCACAGCCAGAGAGACAGAGCUCCCCCGCUCAGAGUCCAAACAGGAACACCAGAAGGAGCAGAUGCCUCCUUCACAUCCAUCGUCUAAAAGAGGCUCAUCCCUGAGUCUGAGUGGCUCCAGGGCAGAACUGACACCAUCAGAUAUUGACACGAGGCCGUUCUCCUUAAUUGCUCCUCCUCCCAAAGAGCAAGUCUCAAGGGCCAAGUCCAAGACCCUGCCUUCUCGUCAAAGAGAGUCGGAGGCUUGUUACAGCCUGCCGCGGCCCAGCCACUCCACCAGCCUCACCAGGCUCCAGCAGGCGGCCACAAGUAUUCCCCUGGUCCCACUGGGCUCUUCAUUACCAGCCUCAAGCAACCAAUUAUCUCCCCCCCACAGACCUGUGUCACCAUCACCUCCUCAUCCUGCGGAGUCUCUAUCGGCCCAGCAGCCCCAAGCCCCCAUUGAACUAUUCGCGCUGAAAGGCCCCCCCCCUCAGCAGCCACGCUCCAGGGGCAAAGCCCGGUGCUCCACUCUGCCUCCCCGACAGAGAGCCCCCGGUCCUGAGGAGAGCUCCAUCAAGCCUAGCCAGUCCACCAGCUUUACAAACCUGGGGGACCGCAUCCCCCCCUCCCCCAGUGAACUGAAGCACAACUCACCAGUAUGAGAGAGCUGGAAGGGAAAGGGACAGAGGGGGUCAGAGGGAGGGGGAGGACUAUCCAGAUUAGCCCCUCUGUGACUGGAGCCUCACCCCUCCGUCUGUCCUCCCUUAAUACCUGGGGUCUGAAGAGUAACCACCUAGAAACACUGAGCGUGCUUUUAUCCACUCAUAGGUUUAGGGCUGACAAAGGGAGUGCUGGACAAUUCAGAGAAAGCAGCUCUGAAACUCUCCCUCUCGUGCCAGAAAACAUUACCACUGGAACUUUGACUCUUUCUAUUCCUGCUGACUUUUUUUGGGGUUUGUUUUUUUGUUGGUUUAUUUUCACAGCUAAAUAGCCACUGCUCCUCUACCAUUUUCUGUCCCACACAUGCAGCAGUGCUGCCUUGCAGACCAGAGGAAGAUGGAAAUAUAUACAGCACCGCUAGUUUCAACACUUAUGCCUGUAGAUACCGUUUAUUUCUAGAGGUUUUGAUAUAUAAAAAAAUGUGAUUUAUAAUAAA